GGGGGGGGGGAGACUUUUGAGUGUGGACAGGAUUGUCAGCCUUUUUAUUAUCACCGCUUGUUCUCCAUUGUCCAUUAUUUCAGAAAAGUAGGUCGUGGAUCGGUGGAGAUGGGGAGUUGGUGGGGGGCUCCUGUACACAAGAUACAUACAGCGACGUUGAAGCCUGAGCUUUCCAUAACUUUUAUUCUGCAAGUCAGUGCUGGGGUUUGUUGCUCAGUGUAGGCUGCAUAUUCUUGGGGGAAAAUGAGGAUUCUGGUCUUCCUCGUCGUCGUUCACUCGGUGGUUUGUCAAACAACUCCUGCUAUUGACAAGCUGUGGAGCUGCCCCAGAGAACCGCUGACGUGUCUGGCUGGAAAACCAAUCGAAACAUGUUCCAGUGACGACUCGUGCCCGCCAGGGGGCCAGUGCUGCUACCGCGGCUGUAUCAAAACCUGCAUGUUCCCCCGUCCUUGUGAUCGAGUGGUGUGUGGAGAGGGCUAUUCCUGCAAAGAAGAAGAGACAGUGUGUCCCAACCCACCAUGCGCUCUACAGGCAAACUGUAUUCCUGAGAAGAAAGUGCGAUGUCCGGCCCUCAAAUGUCCCUCCAAGUACUGUCCACCUGGCUUCAAGAGAGCUACGAACCCCAAGGGCUGCGACGUCUGUAACUGUGUGCCCAAGAAAUCCUGUGGACCAACCUGUGACAUCUUUUGCGCCUACGGCAAUGUCAUGGUUGAUGGAUGCCCGACCUGUAAGUGCAACCCCGAACCUCAACACCCGUGUUCUCAACUUACGUGCCCGUCAGGACAAGAGUGUCGUCUGAUACAUGAGGAGUGUACAAGCUACCCUUGCUUCCCGAGAUCACAGUGUGUACCCAAAGUCAGUGUGUCGUACGACAACACAUGCGGCCUGAUGGACCCGACAACGGCCGGCUACCCUGUGCUGAGGACUGACCGCCAAGGGGAGCUCAGCUGUCUGAAGAGCCGCUGUCCCGACAACACCAUCUGUGCCGGAAUGAAGCAGGGCGUCAACAGAUGCUGCUGGCAGUAUUCGCAGGCCAGAGUCAGUCCCAUUCCCAAACCUGGAGAGUGUCCCAUGGCCUUUAUGAUCGACUUCAGCCUCAGCUACAAAAAGUGUGAGAUUGACGCAGACUGUGAAGCCAAAGAACGCUGCUGCUACCAAAACAAAACCCCCGGCAUGACGCGUUUCAUUGGCCGCUGCAUGAACCCUGUGCACGUACAGCUGAAAGAAGACCCCAACCUAUGCAAGCGAAACACAUACAUCACGUUUAUGAUGCGACUUUAUAACUUUUGUACUUAAUAAUGGUUUUUCUAAAUUAAAAAAAAUAUACCCCCCCAAAAAACGAACACAAAGAAAACCAAAGCAAAUAUUUCAAAGAAGUCAAACGAUCUCCAUCCUUCCCAGAAAAAACACCAUAACAACAGUAGAUUGUACAUAACAGGCAGGUGAUUGAGAUUAUUUAUCAAAGUCUUCGCACAAAAACCUCUGCUAGUAAGAGAAGCACGAUUAAUCAUAGUGACAAAUAUCAAAUCCCACACAAUGUACAGCUGUAUGUAAUCAACCAAAAAUUUCUGUGCUUUCUUACUUUCAAGUAGCUCUGUCAUCUGCUGUCCACUGGAGUUUGAGAUGUUGGCAAAAGAUUUACAUUUUUGAGAGGAAAAAACAAGGAAAAAAACUGUUGUGUUGCUAGGAGUAGGAGCAACACAGUACAAGAAAAAGGAGUUCUUUUUGUCAUAUAAGAUGUUUUAUUUUCUUAAUAAGAAUCAGUCCUUCGUACUUCUCACAACAGAUCUUCCUUCACAACGUAGGUUGACCUCUUGGGGCUGUGAAAAAAAAAAAUGUAUUCGCAUUACAAAACGAAGCACAAACAAAAAGAAUAAAAGACAAUGUGGAAAUAGA